ACAAAUGCAAGAACAAAAAAAUACAAACACUGCGCCAAAUAGAAGAAAAGAAAACAUCAAACAGAAACCACACGAAAUAGCAAAGGAAUGCAACUUUGAAACAAAACUGUCCCUGAUCGAUUUCAACAAUUGCUUUCAGCACUUAAAUAACCCAAAAACAAGUGAAUACAUAAAAGUUAAUGAUUAUCGAACGUCAAGAAAGAAAGUAAGCAAAAAAAUCAACGAUGACUUCCAUAUUAAAGAACUUUUAUUACGAUUGGUAUUCGCCAUUGAAUGCAGAACAUGAUGACGACAAUGAGAAUGAAAGCGAUCUUGAAAAUAUAGGCGCAAAUUCAACAAAUUCAAAAGCAGCAGAACCAUACUGGGCUAAGAUGAGCGAUCUUGGACCAAUUGGAUGGCUCAGUUUGAUAAUGGAGAUGCUGCUCAUUAUCUCAUUGGUCAUUGUAUUUCAGAUUUUAGCCACUGUAUUCACCUAUACAGUUGUGUGUUUUACCCUCUAUUGCGUCAUGGAACUUAUUGCAAUGAUGAAACCAUACGAAGUGAGCAGUGUCCAUAUUGGUAAAAAGUUGACGCCUCGAAAGAAACGAGAAGAACUAGAAGUUAUGACCUCAGCCAGCUUGAUGUCUCAGACAAGAUGAAAACUCCAAUUUAAAUAUUUUUUUCAUAUCUUUUACAAUUGACAAUGAAAAAUGAACAAUGAAGAAAAAUCUGUUAUUUAAUGUUUUUUUUUUUCUGCAAUUUUUGCAGCAUAAUAAUUUACAAAUGAUUACUUUUUUUAAUUAAAUUCCUAGUUGAAUUCAACCCUCCAAAAGCUUUUUAUUUGGAAGCCCUGGCAUCGUCUGCAUUGGCGCCCUGGAAAUCCAACGUAGCAGCUGAUGUGAUAAAUGACGGUGAAAGUG